AGGCUGGUUUGGAUUCUUAUACAGGAGCAGAGUCAGGGUUUUCCUAUCAAUAUUGUCUACGAUGGGUUCAGAGAAACAUUGUUUUUUCACAUUUUUGCUUUACGUACCUUCUUCUUUUUCGUUCAAAUUGUAUCUUUCUAUUUUGGUGGUGUUUGUUUUGAGAGCCUGCGCAAACAAAGUAGAUGAUGAAGAUUAUGAAGAUACAGUGUUAAAUAAAACAUGGGUCCUGGCACCAAGAGUUCAUGAAAGUGAUGUCACCAAUAUUCUGAAUGACUUAUUGAAAGGAUAUGACAACAAACUUAGACCAGAUAUAGGAGUGAGGCCAACAAUGAUUGAAAGUGAUGUCUACGUGAACAGCAUUGGCCCAGUUGAUGCGAUCAAUAUGGAAUAUACCAUCGACAUAUUUUUUGCGCAAUCUUGGUAUGAUAGCAGACUGAAAUUUAAUGGUACAAUGAAGGUUCUCCUGCUAAAUAGUAACAUGGUUGGCAAAAUCUGGAUCCCGGACACAUUUUUCCGAAAUUCCAAGAAAUCAGACGCUCACUGGAUAACAACUCCCAAUCGAUUGCUGCGAAUCGGGAAUGAUGGAAAAAUACUGUAUACGCUAAGGUUAACCAUCAAUGCGGAAUGCUAUCUUCAGCUUCAUGACUUUCCUAUGGAUCAUCAUUCCUGUCCCCUGGAAUUCUCAAGCUAUGGAUACCCAAAAAAUGAAAUUGUGUAUCGCUGGAAGAAAGAUCCAGUUGAAAUUGCACAUCAAAAGCAUUGGCGACUUUAUCAAUUUGCAUUUGAUGGAUUCAGGAACACAACUGAUGUAAUGCACACCCAGUCCGGAGAUUAUGUCAUAAUGACAAUAUUCUUUGAUCUAAGUAGAAGAAUGGGGUACUUCACAAUUCAGACCUACAUACCUUGCUCACUUACAGUUGUCCUGUCAUGGGUUUCAUUCUGGAUUAAUAAAGAUGCUGUACCGGCGAGAACGUCAUUAGGUAUUACAACAGUUCUAACUAUGACAACACUCAGUACAAUUUCCCGGAAAUCGCUGCCAAAGGUGUCCUACAUCACUGCCAUGGAUCUCUUUGUAUCUGUUUGUUUCCUUUUUGUCUUCGCUGCUCUCAUGGAGUAUGGGACCCUGCAUUAUUUUGUCAGCAACAGAAAUAACAGCAAAAAAAAGAAGCAGAAAUCCAAACCAGCUAAAUCACCUGUUAUUAAAGUCCGUCCAGGAUCAACAUUAAUUCAGGUGAACAACAUUGCACACCUACAAGAACGGGAUGACUAUGGCUAUGAAUGUUUGGAUGGGAAAGACUGUAAGAGCUUCUUCUGCUGUUUCGAGGAGUGUCGUACAGGCGCAUGGAGGCAGGGUCAAAUACAUAUCCGUAUAACCAAAAUUGAUUCCUACUCUAGAAUAUUCUUCCCUACAGCAUUCGGUCUGUUCAAUCUGGUUUAUUGGAUCGCGUACCUUUACCUAUAAAAACUACAAUUCAGUGACAUAAGAGGAGGAUGAAUAAAUCUGCAGUGGUAGAAUUUUAGCCUAUACAACAUUUGAUUGUGUUGAAAUCAUCUUUGAAUCAGUUGACUUACUGCCAAAUGUGCAGCUUAUCUUGAAUUCUUGUGCCAUAUACACGAGUCAUGCACAUUUUCAAAUAAUGAUAUUUUUCAAGAUGUAAAUUUGAUAAAAUACAUACAUUUAUAUUCAUUUUAACACUUGCAUUUUUGUCAUACAACAGACAGCUGACGGGAUAUGUGACCCACAUUGCAUCUUGGACAGUACACGCAAGUUAUCUAGGAUAAAUCUGGACAAUCCCUAUCAUUCAUUUCAAGAAGAACAAUUUAGUUCUAAAGUCUAAAUGGAAUUAAAGCUAAUCUAAAUUGAAUGUGAAAUGUCACAUGCUUAACUAUGAGCUGCAAACAAGCCCAUUUUCUGCUCAAUUCCUGUACUCUAAUUUAUGAAACAUGGUGGUAUUUUGACUAAAACUAUAAACACAGCUAACCUUUAGCACAUUUUCAAACAGGAAUUUUUACAAUAGUACAUCACUAAAUGAUGUGAUUUCUAAGAAGGUAUUCAUUUAGGCUAUGUAAAAUUCACCAUAAAACUGAUCAAUACAUGUGUUUCUGACAAUUUCAUGAGUUGCUGACCAUGUUUGCAUUUCAUAAAGACUAAGUGCACUUAACAUCAAUGUGAUCUUGGUCAGCAAGUUAUGAUAUGAAGAAAAGGCAUCAACCAUCUUGGGGUGCCAUUAUUACUGAUAGAGAUGCAGAUCCUCUUGGCCCCAAAUUGAUUCUUUGCCCAGGAUGUCAGUUGCCUGAAUUUUAUUGGGGAUGACUUCGCAUUUGACUUGUAUUGCACAACUCGUAUCAAUUUUUAAAAAGUUUUAGCUUUGCAUCAGUGCAAACUGUGCAUUCUAACUGUCUAAUAAAUACAUCAGGUUUUUUUUAUCAUAACUUCUGUGGCUUUGGUCUAGCAUCCUGGCAAGUCCGUAUAUUUAAAUUACCCAUGAGUUACUGUUCUACAUGUUUGGCAACCACCCAAGGUUCAAAACCCACAGGUAUGCUUUAUGGUGAGUAAUACAAAGCCUAAAAUGCAAAUGAAAAUGAAGAUUUAGCAUUAAUUUUGAAACUAACGAUAAUGAACUAUAUCUAUAGAACAUUGUACAGCUUCUCCAAAUACUAACAUAAUCUCAAGGGAAAAAUAAUAUCCAAAAAUACAUUGUACGAUGGAUAUUGCAUUUUUAUAAUGAAGAGAAACCCCAGCAUUAUAUUCAUUUCUGAUAUGUAAAUAAUGGAAAAUGGGCAACAAUAGAUUUGUUUUAUUGGUGUAUUCAAUAGGCACGUUUAUGUGGAUGUAAGCAGAUCUUUUGUACGAUUCAACAAAAUGCCCACAUUAAAUAACGUUCCUUUUAUAUAAUCCCAUUUAGUAUUUAAACUGAGUACCCAAAUCCAAUAAACUGAAAUACUGACAUUUCUUAAUAAUUCGAUAAUAUAGACAUUUCAGUGAAUCUGCUGCAUUUUGACAUAUGGACAUGAUAUAGCGACUGUCAUUUGAAUUUUAUACAACAAAUAUUAUAUUUUACUAUUCAAUUUUUGUCAGCAUAUCUUCAGUUCAUUUCAGCUUUCAUUUUUCUUGCCUGAGCAUCAAUAACAUUAGAAAUUGAUUUAAAAUAAGUCUUAUUCUUGAGAGCAUGUAACAAAAAAGGCAUCAGUUUAAAAAAAAUGGUGCCUGCACAAUUUUAAUUCACAGUGUUCCAAACCAACCUAGAGCUAAACUUAAUGUAAAAUAGAAUAUUUCAUAAUAUACGUUCUGCUUCAAUUUAUCCAGUAUUAUAAACACUAUAUUCAAACAUCUCGAAUAAAAAGCUUGAAACAGAAUCAUAACUGGAAAGACAGAUUUAUCCCUCCUCUAGCUUUGUCGCUACCACCUGCCUGCUUUGACUACCCUUUCACCUUAAGCUAUUCUAUCAGCAUAAUUACUGUUUAAGAGAUUCUCUCUGCUCCAACUGAAGUAGAAAUUUCGGUGUCUAAAAAAGUACCAAUUAAUGUUGUGGCAGAGAACAUUUGGCUCUGCAGUGCUAUUUUGAACGUGUCAGCGCAUGUGUCAUCUCACCCAUAACGCAUUGAUUGCUUUAGGCUUGUUGCCAGCUGCCCAAUCCCUUUGUAGUCUAGAUACCCAGCACAUGCACCAUUUGCAAAAAGGAAGUUUCAGCAGAAAGGUGUCAAUUGAAUUUUCGAUUUGUUUGGGACAUCAUGUGCAUAUUUGAGCUUUGGAUUAUGGGGAUUAUUGUGCGAGUGAGUAAGUUAAUGACUGCUGUUUCGCUGGUGAUCCUGCUGGAUUGUCUGGCAGGUUACAUGUCCUCGGCGGGCAAGCCGGAAAAAGAUGUUCAUGGAAACUGACAAACAUGGAAAGCUCUGUCUGAGCAGUUCCACUGAAGAGCUGCGACCAUGGCCUGGCGGGAGACUCUGGUCACUACAGGACAUAUGACUCUCAACUUGUUGGAAAUCACACUUCACUUGUCUCACAGCUCGCUCAUCUUCAGCUGCACUUGCUUCCUGCUGGCCUUCCCUCGAAUCUCAGGUGCAGCUUACUCCGCUCCACUUUGCAACUCUGACAAGAAAGAUGAAAGACAAGAGCGGAAACAACACCACUCACCCCACCUCACCCACCACCCCAGGAGCAGUACCAUCAGCAGCAGCUGCCAUUUCAGCCACGGAACCCUCCGAAGGCCAGAGGGAGGGUGAAUAUGGGAUCCAGUGGGAUGAAGCUGAAAGGUAGGACAUCAUUUGUGAAAAGUGACAAUGAGAGGUAGGUGCAAGAGGAUAUAGGCUGAGGCUAAAUGUUACUGAAAGCCUUGCGCAGCUUGGGGGGUGGGGGUAGUGAGGUGGUGAGAUGUGUCAGGAGAGAAGAGUGACAGCAGUUGCAAGGUAGGUUGGUCUUGGGGAUUUUGUGCUGGACAAAGCUAGAGAAACCAGCGUGUAAGCUUUGGUGGCUGAAAGUGUUGUGGCACUGCCCUGUCCUACCACCCUGAAUUUCUAGAUCAUCAAGAUGAACUGUCUCCGGGUUGGACGCACCAUACUCUUGUUGCUGACUUUCUCAUCCAUUUCUCUCUGUGCUGUUUUGAAGAGUAGUCCACUGCUCCCCAUCUUGGAGAAGACUCGCCUCGCCCUAUUCAGUCCUCAGAUCCAGCACAAAGACCUCCCAGGAGGAACCUGCCUGGAACACCUCCCCAUUCCUGUGGAUGGAACAGCUCUCUGAGUGCUUGUAACAAUUAGUGUGGCAUCUUUCAUCAGAAAUCCUUUCUUUGGAACUGUCAUCUUGCCCAUUUUCCCUGAUUGCAGAACAGAGGAAAAGCCAUUUGUAAAUCAGGUCCCUGACUCGCAAAUAACCCAACCAGUCUGACAGGGUGUAAAUCCACAAAAAUUCCCCUAAAGUGUGCUCAUGACCUUAAGGCAAGAGUCAGUUAUGGAGGAUCACCUGGCAGAGGAGAGAAACUUGAAUGUGACUGUUGCCAACUGAGGCUCCCUGAGGUGAGAUUCAAUAUUAUUUUAUUAAUUGAUUGUCAGACUUGUUGGAGCUGCCUGAUAGUCAGCCCUGCUGCACACAUUAUGUUGUCACCUACACCUGAUCAGUAUUCUUCUAGGCCUGAAACGUCAGCCUUCCUAGUCCUCUGAUGCUGCUUGCCCUGCUGUGUUCAUCCGGCUCUACAUCUUGUUAUCUCAGUAUUAUCUGGGGUUAUCUUUUUGUUUUGGCAGGUAUGAUUUCAUGCAGCAUUUCAAUUAUUUACUUGUAAGUUUCCAUCUUCUGAUUUAUCGUUGCAGAUCGAUACAUUGUUCUAUAAUUGUAGGCACUCUUCUGAAUGUUUCUAUAGAUAAUAAUCACCUAUUACAAUCAGGGCCUCUGAGAUCAGAAUCCUUAGGCUCUACAACAAGACAAGAAUUAAACUGGAUCUCCAGGCAUACAAUACUCACUUCCUGAACUUCAGGCCAUCAAACCCUGCAGCCCUGGUAGCCUCCAUUUUUCAUUAAAAUUGUAUCAUUAACCCUUACUCAACCUUGAUUCUGCAGGUACAGGGAUUUAAACAUCUGCUCAAUUUAUUUAAUCCAGCUGCAAGACUGGAGAACUGAAUUUCCAGGCCAAGAUUUCCACACAGAGUUUAAUAUUAGGCGUUGAGGGCAGAUGAGAAUCCUCAGAAAUGUUAAUAUCACACAGUUAACAUUCAAACAGCAUUACAACACAAUUUUAAAGCUGUGAUAAAAUUAUUUCUUCGAAAUGUAAUGGGCUUAUUACAAUAUGCAAUGACCUUUAAGACAGCUGCAUUGUUUAAAUCUCCAAAUUUCUGAAUUUAGCCUCUGUUUCUUAGCCUGGAUUGAACACUUAUAAAGAGAUGACAAAAUAUGUGUAAACCUACUACAUUGCCCAGUACAUCUAAGCAUUGAAUCUUGCAAUGAACUGCUAAAGCAGGAACUUGUAUUUAAAUUUGAAUUAAAUCAAAAUUUAGAGGCAGGUUGGGAAUUUAGUGCAGUUCAUAGUGGUCAGAAUCGGUUCUUUUACAGGAAAUAACUUUAUUAAAUAACAAAAGUAGCAAACUACCUUUCCUUUCAGCGUGCCAGUUAUCUGAUCUUGUUUCUCAGGCUUUUUCACAACUAAUUAACUGCAGAUAGUGAAGUUUUGAACUGCUCAGCCAAGUGAACUCCAGUGCACCAUAUGUGCCUCAGUAAUGUCAGUAGUUUUAGUACGAGGUGUGCCAUUUAAUCUCCAAUUCAUGGCCAUUCCUUUCACACCUGGCAUGGCCUGCAAUAGGGUUAUUAUUAAGUUGUCUUGUUGUGGUCAUUACCAUAAGUAUUAUAAGGCCAUGCCAGAAGUUUUCAGUGUAGGGAGUUUAUGGCAUCCAUCAUUAUCAAACACUGCAUGCACCAUUGUUUGCAACUAUGCUCCUCCAGGUAAUGCCCUCCCUUAAACAUUGUUGAUGGUGCACAUAGCAAAUUGUGCGUCAGUAAAGAAGGGAGUGACUAUCGAAGGUCAGUGGAUUGCUUUGACUUGUCAAGUCUUGCAGCUCAUAAGUAUUAAUAGAGCUGAACUCAUCUGAACAAGUGGAGACAACCCCAUCGCACUGCCUUUUACCUUGUAGAUGGCAGAUAGGCUUUGUAGAGUCAGCAAGUGAAUUUCUGCCACAGAACUCCCAUUCUGUUGUGGCCAUUGUAUUUGAAUGGCAGUCCAUUUCAAUGUCUGGUCAAUGGUAACCUCCAGGGUGUUGGUGGUGAGGGAUUCAGUAAUAGUCAUGCCAUUAAUGUCAGAGGGAGCUGAUUACAUUCUUUCCUUGUUGGAGAAGAUAAUUCUAAAGUAUUGUGUACGGCAAAAGUUAAUUGCACUUAUCAACCCAGGUGUUGCUGCAUAUGGGCUCAGACAGUAUCUAAGGAGGUGCAAAUGGACAUGAACAUUGCACAAUCAUCAGCGAAUAUCCCACUUCUGACCUUAUGAAAGAACCAAGGUCAUUGAUGAUGCAACUGAAGAUGUUUGAGCCUCAGAUACCAACUUGAGAAACAGUGCAUUCUGCCUAUAAUUCAGCAAGAAGGUGCUCACAGACCUCUGUCAACUCAUAUAACGAGAUCUGUAGCUUCAUAGGAUCAUUCUGUCUGUCGGUAACUGAAUUUGAUUUAGGCGUCAGUUUCUCACAAUUGGAUCUUACCAGCUAGAUCAGAGUGACAUAACUAACAUUUCCCUGUUUUCCAACACAGUGCUGCAACAGAGAAGCACAGAGUACCAGGACGGAAUUCUGGAUGGAUGAUGACCCAUUUGCUUUCAGGAUUUUGUGUUUUCUUUCGUGAAAUGUUAUUUUGUGCAAUUAAGAUCAAACUAGCUGCCCCAUAUUUGUGAAGAGGGUUGAUUAGUUUUCUGAUCGUGACAUAAAUAGUUUAUAAAUAAAUGUCGGUGUAACUUGGUGUUACCAUGCGACAUACAGCUAAGAUGCAAAAAGCUGAUUACAGUGGGGGUGGUCAGUUUAGCUUUUCUGCUUGGCAGUUCAGAACAUUGGGAAUUUAUGUAAAACAAAAAUUGGCAAGGUUCUCUGAAUAAAGCCGUUUUCAGUUUGGCAGAUUUAGGACAGAUCUUGGUCCUGAAACAUGGCUCUCAGAAUAGAGUCAAAACUGUUCUGCUGUAAAUGCUAUACAGUCAGAAAGGACAAAACACUGACUACAGGAAGGGUGAGUGAUUAUGAACUGAGCAAGACCCAUUAAAGUACUCUUGUGUUGUCGGAUGUUGAAAAGUGAGUCUCUGGAGAUUCUGUACCAUGGGAACUUCUGGGAUUUGAGAGAAAAUGGUUUGUAGACAUGCAAUUUGUCAGUGUUAGCCACGUGUGACAAGAUGGAAUAUAACCUGUGGUGGAUGCAGUUCAAGGACAGAAAUGUUUGGAUGGGAAGUGAGAAAUUAAAAACAAUGCAGCCAGAGUUGGAAAGAUUGAGAGAUUCCAUGUGGUCUGACAGGCGUGCAGGAAGUAAGAAUGCUUCUGAGGCACAUCAUUGUUACAUCUUUUUAUUUGAAAUAAAUAAAAUAUUUAAAAUAAUAUGUGACCUGUUAAUAUUGGAAUUAUGUUGGUUUUCAGUUUUAAUUAGUUACGUAUGUCUGAGCAGCAGAGCUAAUCAUCCAGCGAAUGAGAGUGUCUCCCCUGCAGUUACAUUAUGGGGUCAAAGGUCCAGGCACCAUAUUUAAAGAGCAUUCGGCCAGACAUUCAGCCCUGAAAGUCAAGAAUGUCAGUGCAGCUGGAGGCAUUGACACUUUUUUUCACCUCUGUGUAUAAUCUACUGCUGCAUCACCAUCCAGAUCACAGGGCUGUUUCUCCUCCAGCCCAUCCAGGAAAGGUAGAAGGUCCUGUUUCCCAGGGAUCACUGAGGACUCAACAAGGAGGGCCUCUGUGGAGAUCUCAGCACAGGUUAGCAGCAAUGAGGCUGAUUCUAUAACCUGGUGGCUGUGCAGAAAGAAGAUGAAUGUGUGUUCUGCAAGGUUGAGUGGCAAUUUGUAAUCUCUGUAACGUGGCACUCAAGGGCAUCAGUGCGACCACCAGAACAUAAGUGUAAAGGUGUGAGUGUAGAGGCCUGUCAGGGUUGGUUUGUGAGCUUCACAGUAGGUGGAACAUGUGGGUUGAAUAAUGUGGGAGCUGUUUCAUGUUGUGAAUAUUGUACUAGUUGCAGGACAGUGUGAGUGUCUGGGGAGAGCACAUGCUUAAAUGGUUAUGCACCCAUUGGGAAAACAAUUUACCAAGCUGUCUGAAAAGCAAAAGUAGCUCAGAUGCCUAAUCACUGUGUAUGUGCAUCUGUAAACUGAUGAUUAUUUUAAAUUUAUUGAUUUUUUUUAAAAAAACUUUAAUUGUGCUGUUAGUCACUGCAAUUGUUGUAUGCGUUCAAAUGCUGGCAUCUUAUUCCUGAUCAGUUCUGGACGAUAUGGCCAAUGGAUGGAACAUAUAAAACAAUAUUUCACAACGUCAGUAGUCAGGUGAUUAUUGUGAUGUGUCUGAGAAUGGCGGGUCAAUCUAAGAAUGUUUACCUGGUUGUAAUUACUUGGAGGCUGAGCACCAGCAGCCAAGUCAUUCCAUGUCUUACUGGUGCCCACAUGUCCAAGGUCUUUGCAUUGCAUGUUUGGGGGAUAUGCUGGUGAGACGCAUGUGACUUGCUACUGAAUUACAAGGGCAUGUGACAUCCAGUGUAGCAUGUAUAUGGGAGCAGAGAUAAUGGGAGCUGCAGAUGCUGGAGAAUCCAAGAUAACAGUGUGGAGCUGUUUGAACACAG